AUGACCCAAGUCUUGUCCUUUGCACCUGGACCCAUACAUGAUACGGCGCCACAUCUGCCCAUGGAUCUUGAUAGGGCUGUCAGGGUAGGCGGACCACAAGGUGUCUUUGCACCUGCUCGCUCACCGAGCCCUGGUAGCUCAAGCUUUACCAGAAAACGGACCGCUUCCCUGACUUCUGCGGACCAGAAUCAUGGCUUGUAUGCUCCAUUGAGCAUCAACACAUCCGGACCGGUGAUGAAGUCAGAAUCUUCCAAAGAAGCCAUAUGUCUCUGCGCACCAACACCAAAGAUACCCCGCCCUCGCAACGCAUUUAUCCUCUAUCGGCAGCAUCACCAGUCUCAAGUAACGGCUGACAACCCCAAGCUGUCAAACCCAGAGAUUUCUAAAAUCAUUGGCGAGAAAUGGAAACACGAGGUCGAGGACGUGAAAGAAACAUGGAAGAAGCUGGCGGAAGAAGAGAAGCAGCGACACCAACACCAAUACCCAAACUAUCGAUACCAACCCAGAAGAGGCAGCAAAGUCCAAGGCAGUUGGCCAAAUACAGCAUCUGGAGAAGAACCGGGCCGCUGCACGAAAUGCAACGGGCGAACCAUUGCUACACCAAGAACACCUUCAACACCAGUCGCAACACCCCCGUCAGUCAAAAUCGGCCCUCAUGGCCAGCCCGCUCUGCCCAGUAUAGACACCUCAGCAUCUCGAAGAUUGAGCAUGGAUCUGUCGCCAGUCAGCACUCUCCCGCUCCACCCUCGGCAACUACCCCCCGUGAGAGCUUAUGAGGAUGACCCGACCUCACCUGAUGCGAAGCGUCGUCGAGCUAACGGAGCUGGCAAUUAUCACGCCGUGGGCCGACUGCAUGGAGCAUUUAGUGACUUGCCCCCUGACUCGAUGCGCACAUCUCCUGAGUGCGGCCCCUAUCAAACAAUGCGUACCUACCCUCAUACAACUCUCCCAGAGCUCAGCACAAUUCCUAGGUCACAUAGCGGGACAAUGCCGAGCGGGCCAAUGCCGCCACCGCCACGCCGGCCUGGAGGAGCAUCUUGGACAGAGCAGGACACUGGUCGACGUUAUAGUGGUUAUGACGAAUCUUUGAGGCUGCCGCCAUUGCAAACAGCUGUAUCACCCUCACCGGCCCGUACCCAGAGUCUGAAUAUUCGACAACCGGUGCUGCCUUCGCCUGUGUUUUCUCAUCCUGCCCCGCAAGAGAGACGAUCUAGCAGUACUGAGGGCGCUGUGACGCUGUUUUCCUUCAAGCACAAACUCGGCGAGUUAUUGAGAAUCACCAGACCUCUUCCAGUUCGAUCAGCUGAGCAAAACCGAUCAUCAGUCAAGCCCAGAGGUGCCAUAGUUGCCGUCGAGGGACCGAAUCCCGAAAUACUUCGGAGUAUCGGACAGGCUGUCGAGAAGGCCCUGCUUGCCUGCAACGAAGUGUCACUUCGCUGUUGGGUACCAGACCCGGAGUCGAUCGAAACAGGCGGAUCUCAGACCAUGGCAUCGAAAGACGAUAUUUCUGCAUACUUGCGUAUGAUGAUCUCUUGGCAAGAAAAGUCUAGGCAAAUGAUAUCCCAUGUCACGGGCACGAGUGGCGGAACGUCAACGUCCGAUGUCCGCCAGACUAGAAGUAGGGGGAUAGGUGGUCAUCCGCGGCUCGAGACGUCAAUCAAGACAGAAAAGGUACCAUCAGCGUUUUCGAAGGUGCCAUUGGCACUUUUGAAGGAAGGCUAUAGCCUGACACUUUCUGAUAAGUUUGCCGCCAGCACACCCAAUCCCGAUCGCUAUUCGUCAGAAGAACACUGGCAAUGGAUGGCGAGCAUGUGGCGCGGGAUACCUAGUGCCGAUUUAGUCGUGUAUGCACAGCCAAGCGAAGCAGACGAAAUCGAGAAAUCUGGCGCCGUGGAAAUUGACAAGCGCAUGGGUCUCAUUGUGGUGAGAGUCGCCAUCGGUACGAGCAUUGACGAAGCGACCGAGCGUCGGAUGGCGUUUGAACUAGUCGAAUGGAUGAGAGAUGGUGCUCUUCGAAAUUCUGUUCCUGCUGAUCGAACGGAUGGUUGA